GCUCUCUUGACCUCUCGCCGCCGGCGCGCGCGCUGUUCCUGUCGAUGGAAAACUUGCCGCUCCUUGGAGGCAUCCGGCAGCAACCAAACACUCAGCUGGCUACUGCUACGUGCCUCGCUGCGCCGCAGCCGGAGCAACAUGCGUGCAGGGAUGCGACGACGACGACGUCUCUCGUCGUUCCGGCCAUGAGUUUCCCGCCGGCUGCCGUGGACUGGGCGUCGCUGCUUCUCCCGCGCAGCACGUCGGGGGGCGCGAACGAACUGGAGAGCGGCGGCGGUAUCGCUGAAACGGUGGCCGGGAGCAGCGCUAGCGCGACGACGGCAGGAGAGGGGGAUAACAAUAAGACCGGAAAGGCCGGGAGGGGCGGCGGCAGGGGGAAGAAAAAGGCGAGCCGACCACGGUUCGCGUUCCAGACGCGGAGCGAGGACGACGUCCUCGACGACGGUUACCGGUGGCGGAAGUACGGGCAGAAGGCCGUCAAGAACAGCGCGUUUCCAAGGAGCUACUACCGGUGCACGCACCACACGUGCGAGGUGAAGAAGCAGGUGCAGCGGCUGGCCAAGGACACGAGCAUCGUGGUGACCACGUACGAGGGCGUGCACAACCACCCGUGCGAGAAGCUCAUGGAGGCGCUCAGCCCCAUCCUCAAGCAGCUCCAGCUCCUCUCGCAGCUCCAGUCCUGCACUAAUCAACUCCUCUGAAUAUCCACCUGGUCUGACGACACAGCUGGCAGCCUAUUAGCCUAGCUGGCCACCAUCAGCGUACGUGAUGAGCUAAUGCAAAUUUACUGCUAAGUGUACAAAACAAACUGUUGAUCGAUCGAUCGGCAGUGGUAACGACACAAGGAACGACUGUCUCUCUAAAUUACUACAGCGUGUAGCUGGUCUUAUACAGAUGAUUCAACAGAUAUGUACGUGAUUCAUGCAUAUACACAGAUGAUUCAACAGAAAUGUAUGUCCGCGGAUCAGCGUCCUUUGUAAUGAAGCCGUAAUUUAUUUGCACAAUUUAAGGGCUGUUUGGUUUGCUAA